UGGUACCGGAUCCUUGCGCGAAACUGAGAAAUCUCACGAUCAAUACAUUUCACGAGAGGCAAAAUGGAGUCUGUGUAGUGAUGUUUCUGUUACUGUAAAAAGAUCAUGCAAAUCCAUAUUGGUCAAGAAGAUGAAGUAGAUCACUUUUUGUCAGUUCAGCGAUCAGCCAAUGUUUGUAUCCAGUGUUACAAGUUGAUCACAGUCAUAGCUGGAAGAUUUAGAUGAAAGUUUGGCGUAGGGGUGUACUCACUGCUGUAGUCAAAACAAUAUGGCACGUUUAUGCAAAGCCUUUCUACUGCUGGUGGUCAUUGCUAGUUUACUCAUGGUAUUUCUGCUGAUCAACUUUUCACAAAUAUAUGUCACAGAACCAAAAGCUGAAUCUAAAGAUGUAGAAUCUCCCCAUCUCCGGAAGCUAAAGUCCAAAUAUACAGAGAAAAAUAAAGAAAUGAAGAAACGUGUCGUGACAUUGGAUGAGGAAUGCAAAAAUCUGGUAAAGAAUGGAUCUGAAUUCCAAUAUAUACAGAAAUCCAAGCUGGACCAUUUAAUUGUUGAUGAUAGGUAUAAAGUUAUAUACUGUUAUGUGCCAAAGGUUGCGUGUACAAACCUUAAACGUGUUUUUCUGUUACUCACUGGGAAAAUGAAUGUAUCUGACCCGCUAAUGUUAAAAUCUGGUGAUGUUCAUGCAGGUUUAGAUAAAUAUCUCACAUACUUAGAUACUUUCCCUCCUGCUGGUAUCAAAUACAGGUUCCUACAUUACAAAAAAGUGAUAUUUGUUCGAGAGCCUUUCGAACGUAUUCUUUCUGCAUAUAGAAAUAAAUUUCUUCAGAAUGGAAAUUCAUAUUUUAAGGAGAAGUUUGGAAAGAAGAUAAUUAAAAGGUAUCGCCAAAAUCCGAGUACAGACUCAUUAGACAAAGGUAAUGAUGUUACUUUUAAAGAAUUUGUGCAAUAUUUACUUAAUCGUAAGACAAUGGAACAAGGAUAUAACGAGCAUUGGGAAACAUUUCAUAAUUUAUGUCAUCCCUGUCACAUUAGAUACAACUAUGUAGGUAAAUACGAGUCUUUAGACGAUGAUGUGGAUGGACUGCUAAAGAUUCUAAAAGUGGACGAUAAAAUUCAUUUUCCAGCGAGAGCUGAUAUGUAUAAAACGUUGAAAACAGAAGACACAUUACUGAAGUUUUAUAAAGGAAUAAAACCUGAAAUGUUGACAAAGCUUUGGAAUGUAUAUGCCAAAGAUUAUAAUGUGUUUGAUUAUGAAGUACCGCCAGCGAUCAAGAAGUUGAUGAAACCUGUGCUGUAAUGCAUUGGUGCUAUAAUUUCUAGUCUAAUUGUAGAUAUACAGGCUUUGUAACAUUCAUUUUUAACUGAAAUAUUUGUUAAAAAAAUUAAUAUUUUGAAUAAUAAGGCAAUUGAACUAGCUUUUUCCUCAUUUUUGUCAAGUAUCAGUAAAAGGAUUUAUAUGUCAAGAUUUUUCUUCAUAUUAAGGACACAGUCAUCGAAUUUAGCACUGGCCCGGUGGCCCAUGGCCAGUGAAAAAUAGUUCGGGCCAGUGAAAAUUUUAAGAGCAUUUAGUUAAAUAUAUAGUAGAAUAAAUUCAAAACUGGAGUUCUAGCUAGUAAAUUCAAUUGACUGAGGACAUAGGAAGGUUUUGA